AAAGUGGAAGGAAACGAAAGCCAGAUCCUCACUGUUGCUCUAGAGCCCGGUCAAGUGCUGCGCGCGGAAAGCGGUGCCAUGAUGUACAUGACGGAUGGCGUGCAAAUGAACACCACAUCGGGUGGCGGGCUGUCCUCUGGGUUUCAACGGAUGUUAACGGGGCAGAACUUCUUUAUUUCGGACUACUCUUUUGAAGGCGAGCCUGGAACCGUCGGCCACGUUGCGCUAGGUACUGAUUUUCCUUCAAAAAUUGUUCGCCUAAAUUUAGAAGAAUACGGUGGGAAGAUUGUUUGUCAAAAAGGUGCUCUUCUUUGCGCUUCACAUACAGUGGAUAUUCAAAUGGAGUACAGUAAAAAUAUGUCGACUGGAUUUUUUGGCGGCGAGGGCUUUGUUCUACAAGGACUUAGCGGCGAAGGCGAUGUCUUUGUCAAAGCCGGAGGAACUUUGAUCCGUCGAGAUCUGAAGGAAGGAGAGCAACUUCGUAUCUCGUCGGGAUGCCUGGUGGCAUUUACGAAUGGAGUAGAUUAUGACGUGCAAAUGGUGAAAGGAUUUGCGAACGUUUUUGCGGGUGGCGAAGGGCUCUUCAUGACCACAUUGACUGGACCAGGAGUGGUGUGGCUUCAAGGCCAACCGGCGCAACGAAUGAUAAGUGAAAUUGCCCGCCGUGUUCCGUCA